AUGACAUUACAAAUAGAGGAACAAAUAUUAGAAGAAUUACGUGAUGCAGAACAAUUUGCAAAGACAAGAAAAAGAUUGUUAUUGGAGAAAAAAAAAGAAAUGGAAAUAUUUAGAGAAGGAUUGUCAUCCAUUGAAAAAGAAACUUUAUCACAAUUUAGAUCAUAUCAACCAUUAGAUAGUGAUUUGGCAGCAGCAUCUUCUUUAUCUAAUAAUUUGGAAGAUCACCUUCGUUUUGGUGAUGAGGCAAUUAAAGAUGAUCUUGAAUUGGGAAAAGGGACAAAGAUUAGCGAUGAAUUGGAUUUAUCAGAACUUCAACCAAAAAAAGUUGAUUGGGAUUUAAAAAGAGAUAUUGAAAAUGAUAUGGCAAUUUUAAAUAAGAGAACUGAAAAAGCUAUUUGUUAUAUAUUAAUGAAAAAAUAUAAUUCUCAAAAGAAUACUGAAUCAUAA